GUGGAGUCUGUCCCAGCCUGCAUCUGGCCCGCUCCCCUCUCUGUCACCCCGGGCCAAACCCGCCCAGCCCCUCUCACUCACUCUCCGCCUGUUUUCCCGCACGGCUCGGCCCGGACGCAGCGCUCACACUCACACCGAGGACACGGAAUGGAGACGGAAGGGAGCCAGACCAGCCUGUCCACCACGGACUCCCCUCACGACCCCUGCAAAAUGUUCAUAGGUGGACUCAGCUGGCAAACAACACAAGAGGGGCUAAAGGAGUACUUCUGCAAGUACGGCGAGGUGAAGGAGUGUAUGGUGAUGCGAGAUCCGGUUACUAAGCGCUCGAGAGGGUUUGGAUUCGUCACCUUUGUUGAUCAGGCUGGCGUGGAUAAAGUUUUGGCCCAAACCAGGCACGAGUUGGACUCCAAAACAAUUGACCCAAAGGUUGCAUUCCCUCGCCGAGCUCAGCCCAAGUUAGUGACUCGAACCAAGAAGAUCUUUGUGGGAGGAUUGUCUGUGAACACAACUAUUGAAGACGUCAAGCAGUACUUUGACCAGUUUGGGAAGGUUGACGAUGCCAUGCUCAUGUUUGACAAGACCACCAACAGACACAGAGGGUUUGGCUUUGUGACGUUCGAGAACGAGGAUGUGGUGGAAAAAGUCUGCGAGAUCCACUUCCAUGAGAUCAACAACAAAAUGGUGGAGUGUAAGAAGGCUCAGCCUAAGGAGGUGAUGUCCCCCACCGGCUCAGCCAGGGGGCGCUCUCGGGUGAUGCCCUAUGGAAUGGACGCCUUCAUGCUGGGCAUUGGUAUGCUAGGUUAUCCAGGCUUCCAGACGGCCACAUACACCAGUCGGAGCUACGCCGGCAUCACACCUGGAUACACCUACCAGUUCCCUGAGUUCCACUUAGAGAGGACUCCCCUUCUGACUUCACCCCACCCCCCUGAGCUCACAGCCAUUCCUCUCACAGCUUAUGGACCAAUGGCGGCGGCAGCAGCGGCAGCAGCAGUAGUUAGAGGUUCAACCCCGUCUCGCUCCGCUGGGUUCUUAGGUACGAGCAGCCCGGGGCCGAUGGCAGAUCUGUACGGGACGGCCAGUCAGGACUCGGCUGUGAGCAGUUACCUCAGCGCCGCCAGUCCCGCCCCGAGCACCGGCUUCAGCCACAGUCUGGGGGGCCCGUUGAUCGCCACGGCCUUCACUAACGGCUAUCACUGAGAGUUGCAGAGCUGUAGACUGAGAGCUGGAAGGAGUUGACGCUGCUUUGGAGCUGAUCUAGCCUGUCUCUAUCCAGUCCCCCCAACCCCACCCCCUCCGGCCCGGGCAGCUGAACCUUCACCCUCCACCCUAGCGUCAGCGUGGACCCAGCCGAGCCUACUGACACCUCACUAAACUCCACCUCCUCAGAAGAAAAGAAAAAAGAAAAGGAGCGACACCUUUGAAAAAGUUACAUGUAAUAGCAACACAUACAGAUGCUGUAUUUUUAGGGUUUUGUUUCUGUCGUUUUUGUUUCAACUUGCUGUUUUAUGUGAUGGCUACGUUAUUUCUUUAUCUGUUUUGGCUGUGUUUUAUCGGGUUGUUUGACCUCUGACCCUGAUCUCUGAGAAAGAGGAGAAAAGUCUCCAGAUGAAACCUGUUUGAAGGUCAGGAGCUGUAAUAUGUAUUGGAAAACUGUAUAUUUGUCACUAGUUCAUACUGAAUUUUAACAAAACAUUUGUGAUUAAUACUAUUUCUUGAAAAUGUGUCACAAAGUGUAUAUCUUGGUAGGUUUUUAACAAAACUUGUUACACUAAUAAUGGUCAGAUGACAAAGGUCACUAGUUACAGUUACAUAUAGGCCUAUGUGAGCUGUACAAUUUUGUAAAAUAUUGUAAAUACGACUGGUUUCUGGGUGGGAGGGGUUAACACAUUUUUGUGUCUGGGGGUCGGGAGGCUUUGGAGAAACGGUGCGAUUGUUUCUUUCAUCAAACGCUUAAGUGUUGGAAACCUUGACUGUUUCGUAUCAUAGUUUCAGCAGGAGCGAGGCAACGUCUGAACAACACUUUAACUUUGGGGAAAUGUGGAAAAAAGCUCCUGAAUCGGAGAGGAAAAAACAUGCUGUUUUCUUACUUUGUCAUGUUGUUUUAACUGUGAUGCUUAAUAUGUGUCGAUUAUGUGUGGAGGAAAAUGAAGGACUACUUUGCAGGAGCAGCCGUGCACGGUUACCGCUGUCAUGGCUGAUUCGUCUGCAGGUUAAUGUUUGGGUGUUGGUGUGUGUGUUCAUAUGGUUUUUACACAUUGGUUUCCAAUGUGCCAUGUGCUGUUUUUGGGGAUGGUACCUCAGCUGCAAAUGUGAAAUUUUAAUCUGAUUUUUUUAAUGAUUACAUUAACAUCUAUGUCAAAGUGUGGAUGGUUGAACCUUUUAGAAAGGUGGCUUUUCCAAAUGGAAUAGAGGAGGCAGUCUUAUUAACUCGUGUUUACCUGUCAACCCCCACAAUCCAUCACUGCAUAUCCACUGGAGGUCACUGACUGUAGCAAUGUGACAGCUAUUUUUAGACCAAAACAAUUACGUUCAGAGCUACUAGGAUGUUGCACUGGCCGAUCACAUUAAAUAUUUUUUCUUUUGAAUGUUAGCUUAAGAACAAAGCACCUCUCCAGCAAAGAAAUACCGGGUUUUACAUUUUGAUACACCAGCUCACUCUGCUGCGAGCUGCCACGGUAGUUCAUACUUUAAAGCUGUUUUCACUGAAAAUAACAAUCUUGUCAACACUGUAACCUUUUCUGAUUUUCUUUUUUCCUGUCAUGUUUAUUCAUUUGAAAAAAAAAAAACUUUUUAAAAUUCCUAAUAAAUUAUUUUAAAACAUUCCA